AUGCAGAGGUGCACUAGUGUCCUGCUUCUGUCUUUAAUCCUUAGUGCCACACUGUCGGAAACAUUUGGACUGGUUUUCUCAGCAAAGGAAAAAAGAGGCUGGACUUUGAAUAGUGCCGGUUACUUACUUGGGCCACAUGCAGUAGACAACCACAGAUCUUUUGAUGACAAGCAUGGUUUCACUGGUAAACGUGAAAUACAGCCCGAUGAGGCUAUUAAAGCAGGGAAUCUUGGAAGGACACUGGCUGAUGAAAACAUUGUGCGCACAGUAAUUGAAUUUUUGGCUUAUUUACAUCUCAAAGAGGUUGGAGCACUUGACAAACUACCAGAGGAAAAAAACCAGUCUUGA